CGGAAAACACACGUUUGUCAGUUACAACUAAGACAAUGCGUAAUUAAGUCAUAUUUCAUUGAUAUCAUAGAAAAUAGUUUACACUUAUUUGUUAAACAAAUUUCUCAAACAAUGCAAAUAUACGAUACAAAGACAUUACUCCCACUAAAUGCAAAUAAUUUAUCUGAUGCCGAAGGAGAAAAUAUCCAGAUCCCAAUUGCACCAAUCAAAUCGUUAAAAUUCCACAGGCGUCUCGCGUGUCACAGAAGUUCAAGCCGAAGAAAAAAGAAUGAAAGAGUAGUAUUUAAAUCAGGUCACUUUAAUUUGGAGAAGUCGAAGAUAUUCCGAUACCACGUUUUUCCCGAUGUGGUGACUGCAUUCAUAGAAGCGCGGUGGAGAUGGACUCUGGUCUACUGCAUCUUGACGUACAUGUUUAUUUGGCUCUUUUUCUCAGCUGUGUGGUGGAUAAUCAUGUACGACCAUGGUGAUUUCGAAGAUGGACAUCUACCAGACCAUUUGAACAGUACUUGGACACCUUGUAUAAGGCAAAUCUAUGGUUUUACAUCCAUAUUCCUUUUCAGCGUUGAAGUUCACACAACAGUUGGAUAUGGAAGCAGAACAAUCACUUUAGAAUGUCCCACAGCAUGGCUGACCAUGUGUUUCGAAAGCAUACUUGGCACUAUUACUCAAUCUUUCAUCGUCGGCGUCGUUUUCGCGAAACUAACGAGACCGAAAAAUCGAGCUCAUACAUUAAUUUUCUCCAAGAAUGCUGUCAUUAAUCAGAGAAAUGGCGAAAUGUGCCUUUCAUUCAGAAUCGGAAAUACGAGGAAAUCAAGGAUCAUCGACGUCAGUGUCAACGCGUAUUUGAUUCGGUGCGUCAGAUCCGGUGAUGUUUUGACUGAACAAAUCAAAUUGCACUUAUCAGUUGACUCGACCGAGAAUAUCUCAUUUAUGUUUCCUAUAUCAGUAGUCCAUAGAAUCAAUGAGAGUAGUCCUUUCUAUACACUGUCUGCUCAUGAUAUUUGCAACUCAAAAUUAGAAGUCUUGGUGGUUAUUGAAGGCGUCAUUGAAUCUACAGGUCAGCCGGUUCAAGCUAAAUCGAGUUAUAUAGCUCAAGAAAUAUUAUGGGGACGCAGAUUCGUGCCAGUUGUAAAUUAUAGUCAAGGCAAACAUGGCUUUGUAAUAGACUAUUUAAAUUUCGAUGACUGUCAGAGGGUUGAUACUCCACUAUGUUCGGCAGAGAAAUUAAAUACCAUUACUUCAACAUACUACUAGAGCACAAUUUUUUGUAUUACUUAGAUUUUCGUAAAUGUGGGUGUAUUAUUAUAAUUAACUGCCUCAGUUCCAUGAUAUCUCUGUAAAUUAUUUGCAUUGCAGUCAUCUGCAGCUGUAAUGUUGACACCAACAUCUUAAGCGCUGUUAACUGGGUGUUACACUUUUGCAAAUCCACUUCAAACUGCGAUAGCAUUCUACUAUUUAUUUCAAACUGUUUUUUAAUAUACAUUAUACUGUUUAUGAACGCAGUCAUUAUUAACUUUGUAAUACUUUUUUAUAUAAAUUAUGUAUCACAUAGGCACAAUCACUAAGUGUAAUAAUACUAAACACUUAUUUACUAAUGUAUUAAAUUAUCACGCGCGGCAACGUAAUACGUUUUUAAAAGUUAUAAUCCUACAAACCACUCUAAAUAGUUACACUAUGCCAUUUUAUAGUGAUGAGUAAUGAAAACUUGGAUGAUAAAAAUUUUGACUGAUAAGAAACCGUGAUAGAAAAUUAUUGUUAGUAUAGGUGAGUAUGAAAUAGGCUAAUCUGUAAAGUCAAUAAUAGGUUACUACGUUUUAUGAUCAAUAAUAAAAAUUUGCUCAUUA